AUGUCCUCCAAACUACCUGCUGCCAAGAGACAAAGAACUAUGGAAACAAGGAGUGCCUCUCUCAAGCAAGGCACGUUGUCGUUCGGCAGCUCCAAGCGCACAGGCUCUGGCGCGAGCAGCGGCUCCAAGGACGAGAAGGAGAAGCUCAAGCGCGAGGAGGCCAGCAUGUUCGUCGAGCUGCCUUCCAAUAGAUUCAAUGCCCUCUCCCCCAUCCAGGUGGACGACAGCUCGAGCGACAGCGAUGCGCGAGUGAGCGAGAUCUCCGAUGAGGAGAGGUACGAGGUCGCCCCUAGCCCGGUUAAGAAGCGGACGAAGAAGGCGCUGCCGGUGACGACGAAAGCAAAGCAAGCUGCCGCUAAGAAGAAGGAGGAGGAGGAGGAGGACAUUGAGGAUGCAGACGAGCUCGAUGUGAAGGUUAAGGAGGAACCCUUGAAGACGUUGAACUUGAAGAUCAUCAAACCAUACAAGAAACUUUACGAAUCGGCCAAGGCGAAGAUGGGGUACAUGGAUCCUAUACAUGCGGAGGGACAGACGAAGUACCAUGAAAUCCUACGCGUAUUCGACUUCGAGUACAAGUACGGCCCUUGCGUCGGCAUGACGCGUCUGGAGAGAUGGGAGCGUGCCAACAAUCUCGGCUUGGAUCCUCCUCGUGAGGUUCACGAUAUUUUGACCACCAAAGAGGGUGUCGGCCACCAGGAUUUGGCUCAAUGCGUUCUCAAUGGAGAAGUGUAA